UGAGGGGAAAUAAUCUGUUGGUUUUGAUCUUUACGAACUACACACUUUUGAGGACUAUGCACACACAUGUAAAAGAGAGGACAGAAAUCUUUAUUGUCACUCACUCACUGUGACAACCGUAUGGUUGUGGAAAGCCUUAAAGUGAUGCUAAAAUGAUAUUUGUGUUUGAAAUGAAAAGUCUGGAAACAUUUCUAGUAGCUUUAAAUCAUGAAGCAGGGAACAGCCUCCUCUGGUGUAUUUUACUGUUCAAUAUACUUACUGCAGCAAAGACUGAACUUCAAGGAAACGUGAUCUGCUAUAAUGACUAUGAAGCAGAAAUAUAUUGUUCCUGGACAGCUGCUAAUAUUGGAAGCAAUUGCAGUAGAGAUUUUUUACUGAAGUAUACAGUAAAUAAUAAGCCUUCAUCAACUACACCGACUAAAGAUUGCAUUCCGAUAAAUUUGAAGCCUAGUGUCUCCAGUUUGCCAACGUGCAUCUGUUCCUUUAGUCAUGAUCGUGAUCAUUUUUCCGUAAGCACUUACUGCAAUAUAGAAAUCCUAUCAGCUGGGAAAUCAUUAGUAGAAAAGAAUUUCCCACUCUUCAAAACAGUUAAACCAUGGCCUCCAACAAACGUAUCAAUUGACCUUACUGAAAAAGACAGUGUUAUAGUGCACUGGAACAGGUCCUACCCAGAAGACAACUACUUGAGAAAUGUUCUGAUAUAUGAAAUUUGUGUUAUAAGCAAACAACAACCGAAAGAGGGGAAAACAUAUAACAUCACAGAUCAAAAGGAAACCCACUAUAAACUCAAUAGGAAACAAUUGAAUCGAGGAUUUACGUACACGGUAAAAGUCAGAUCAAAAGCUAAAGGAGGGAAAGAGGAAUUUGAUGGAACUUGGAGUGACUGGAGCUCUACAGCGGAGUGGCAGAAUGAUUACAAUCUUGCGAUUAGUGAUGUUUUUUGGAUAGUUGUGCCAGUGUCCUGCUUAGUGAGUUUGGUGUUGAUAAUAUUAUGCUAUUUAAGCAUUGCCAUGUGUAAGAAAAAAUGGUGGAAUAACAUUCCUGACCCUGCGAAGAGUAAACUAGCUCUGCAAAAGGGAUUAUUAAAUUGGGAUACACACUCAACUGGUUCCCCUCCAAACAAACAAAGGCAAAAAUUAAAAAGACCUUGCACUAGUUGGCUUAAGAAGUGGAACUUCAGAACUCCUAUAUUUGGACAUCUCAACCAGAUCAACAACGCGAACAGCCAUCAAAACCUCUCACAAAGAAAAUAUGUGCAAAUUCUGAUACCAGAAAUGACUCACGUUGAAAGUAAUAUUCGUAUACAAUCCUUAGAAGACCAAGAAAAUGAAAGCACCGAAAUACAAGAGGAAAAGGACGAUAAUCUAAAUCCCUUAAUGGACUUUUCUAUUAACAGAAUGUUUCUUGAUAUUUUAGAAGGCAGCGGGUGCGAAAUGGAAGUGUCAGCCACUAUCAUGGACAACAUAGAUAAAACUGAUGAUGAAUUAGAUAGUUUCUCUUUCUUUAUAAAUACACAAUCUAAAGAUCUCACAAAUAUCAUGUAUACUUCUGAUAAUUCAGCAGAGGAGCUUCAAAUAAAAUGUGAUAGCUACAAGAGUUUUACUGCGGUUAAGUGUUGUGGUUGUGAACAAUCCUACACUACACCAGCUGGAAGUGUACAGAGCCUUUCAGAAGAUUUGUCUAUGGUUAAAGCAUCUGUACAAUCGGAAUAUCAUAGUUUUGAUACUGCUGUAUCAAGUUCAGACGAUAACUCAAUUGGUGAUAAUACCAUGAUGAAUGAAAACUCUGCUACGUCCUUCUGUUUUAAUACAUUUACAACAAGCAUAGUAAGUGGCAAUAUUCACCCACUACAUACUAACUCCUACUACAACAACAAUUCUUGUCUGUCAUUGCAAAAUAGUGUUCAUGAUGACGAUGAUUUUCACACUUUAACAACACCAACAUUUGAAGAACAUUCCUUUUUUAAUUGGACUGAAUUGACACUAAAUGAUGAUACAUUACAAGUUAAAUCACCUGAACCCUAUCAACCUUCUAUUUGUGAAUCCUCGGAAUAUCAAAGUUUUGCCAAAGCAAUUCAACAGGAGAAUGUGUGUGCUACAGACCCUGUUAUAUCUUCAGAAUUUAAUAAACUGGAAUCAGCAUACAAAUCUUUUCAUAGUCUUCUAAACCAAAAUGGACAGGAACCGGAAUUACUUCACAGCAGUUCUCAACUUGAGUUAAACAUGAGUGAAUCUUGUUACACUUGUACAGAUCAACCUGCAACAGAAAGAGACAAUAGCUUGGAAAAUUCUAUUGUUGAUACUAAAAUAAACUUUCAUGAAAAUUCUAAUGAUGACAUUUGCUCCAGUUUCUUAAAGAGAAGUUAUCUAGAUGGCAAAUAUGAAACUCCAACAAUAAAAGCAAAAGUUGAAGACUUAUCCCAUCAAAACAAAAAUUGGUUGAAUAAAGGAACAGAAAAUAGAAUUAACACUAAGGAAUUACAAGCUCAAUUCAACAGAGAUAUUUCUUUUGUUUUGACUUUUGAUAUUGCCAACCACUUGAGGAAUUUUGCAAGUGGUAAUAACUUGUUGGCUAGAAGAAAUUAUAAAAAUAUAUCAAAUAAUAAUGAUGGUGAAAUUAAAAAAACAAUUAAUUCUUGUCCACUUUACAGCAAAGUAACAUUAUUGAACAAUUUGUUUGCUCCAGGUCAGGACUAUCAUUUGUUUAUUAAAUACCUCAACUCUCUAAAUGUCCAGCCAAUAACAUUUCAAAAUACAUCCUAUUUUUUCCAUCCAUCACAACCAGAACUUGUAUCUUUGCUAAAUGUUACCACCACCAAUGCAAGCAACACAAUAAACCCUUUACUGGUGCAACAUCAAAUUUCAGACAAAGAUGGAAACCUUUACAUGUCAGUGAUGGUAUAAAACCCCAGCUGCUACUGGUUUAACAAGAUAAAUACAAAUAUCUGAUUGGGGAACCCAGGCUGGAAUGGUUUAUCACUACUUUAAGAAAUGUACCUACAAGCUGAUAUGACAAAUAAAUCAAACAAUUUUAUUUUUUUCCCAA